GUGGCUGCCGAGGUGGGCGGGGAGGUCAGGUGACCCGGCCGGCGUCGCAAGAUGGCGGCGGCGGCGGCGCCCUGGAGUCCGUGGUACUGUCCCGGCUGCUGAGGUGGGCCCCACACAGCUGGCGGCGGACGGGCCGUGACAAGGGCCGACAAACAGGAGACCGCCGCCUCUGCGCGCCCCGCGGCCGGAGCUGGGCCGUGCGGCGUUGGCGCCGGGGAAUGCUCGUGCUGGGCCUGGCCUCUCCCUCCUCAACUUAGGGCGGCGGCGGGCCCGCGCCCAGGCUGCCGGGCCAUGGCGCUGAGGGAGCUCAAAGUGUGUCUGCUGGGGGAUACAGGCGUCGGUAAAUCGAGUAUCGUAUGGCGGUUCGUGGAAGACAGUUUUGAUCCGAACAUCAACCCAACUAUAGGGGCAUCUUUUAUGACCAAGACUGUCCAAUAUCAAAAUGAGCUACAUAAAUUCCUAAUCUGGGAUACAGCUGGACAAGAACGAUUCCGUGCCUUAGCACCAAUGUACUAUCGAGGGUCGGCUGCAGCCAUAAUUGUUUAUGAUAUCACAAAAGAAGAGACAUUUUCAACAUUAAAGAACUGGGUAAAAGAGCUUCGACAGCACGGCCCUCCUAAUAUUGUAGUUGCCAUUGCAGGAAAUAAGUGUGAUCUUAUCGAUGUAAGAGAAGUCAUGGAGAGAGAUGCUAAGGACUACGCCGACUCCAUCCAUGCAAUUUUUGUAGAGACCAGCGCAAAAAAUGCGAUAAACAUAAAUGAACUCUUUAUAGAAAUUAGUCGAAGAAUUCCAUCCACGGACACCAACCCGCCGUGUGGCGGGAAGGGCUUCAAACUCCGAAGACAGCCUUCAGAGCCAAAGCGAAGCUGCUGCUGACUGGACCUCCGCCUCAGGCUCCACGCUGAAGUAGGUGGUCCUGCACGCUAACAGGAGGGCUGGGGGCCCCGCACCAGGCUUCACGUAGCCGGCCUGGGGUCUCCUGCGUGCAAAAAAGAGUCAGAACUGGACCAGUUCAGUUUCCUCUCUGAAGACUGCAGCAAUAUUUGUCUGUGGACUUCUGUUAUGUAAAGACUCUCUGGUGUACAAAGGGACUACACGGUUGGCUUUUGACCUCGCUGAAAAGGAACAUGUAAUUGUAUGGAUGGUAGGAUUAAAUUGUUGAGUAGUUUUGUAAUCAAGAUUUUAUGUAACAUUUGUAAAGGGAAAAUUAGCACUUUCAUGGUUCUUGAGGGGAAAAAAGACCUUGUGGAGAUUAUAAUUUCUUUGGUUUCCCGUUACCACUGUUAUAGGGAGUUAUGUCAUUUAAAAUGUGGUAGGAUAUCGUUAAGUGAAGGGAUGGCAAUUAUUAUUUGAAGCUAAAAUGGGUUAUUUAUAGGACUGAUGGAAAUGAUUUCAUCUCCUCCAUCUCCAAAGCACUUUUCGUUGAAUACAUUAGCCCAGGAUACACACAGUAAAUUAACAGUAACAACAGAUCAUGGCUAACCCUAGGUUUGCAUUCUGACCCUGUCAUGUACAUGUCACCAAACUCAUUAUUGGCACCUUUUUUAAUAAACUCUCAUGAUCAGGAUGGUGGCGGUAGAGAAGCUGCCUGGAAUAAAUUGAAUUGCAUAUGUUUAAAAUGACUAACAAUGGUUUAAAAAGGAGGAAAAAGAAAGUGAAGAAAGUGGUGUAAAUGCUGUCAAUUUUUUAUUUAACCCAAAUAUUUUGGUCAGGAACACAGUUAUCUGUUGCUUAGCAUAUGUAAAGUCGUAGUCUAUAUUUAUGAGAGCCUUGCUUAAAAAUUAUAAAUUAUGUAAAUACAUGAAUAAAUUCUAUGUUUCACCCAACACUCCA